AUGAACAAUCUAAUGCCGUUGGAUAUGUACGCAGCAAUUGGCGGUGGUACAUCGUCAUUUCAGCAACAUCAGCUGAUACAAUCAGCUCCAUCAUUACGACAUUAUGAUCCACAGCCGUAUUUAGAGUCACAUUUGAUUCCAAACUGUAUUGGUCAUCCGAGAAUUCGUAAUCCGAAUCAUCGGACCUGCGACAACAGUGUACAGGGUGCAUUGUACUGUCAAUCUGGAGCCUAUCUGGAAAUUCUGGAUCAAGAAACUGCAGAAGCUGAUGCAAUUAAACAUUCAUAUUCACGACCGCAAUAUAUUCGUGGUAGCAAAACUGAUAGAUUUAAUUCAUAUCAAUCACAACAGGGUUUUGCUGUCAUUGCUGUUGUUGUUGUUGUUAUUGUUGAUAUUAGCUUGCUUGCUGUUGCUAUUGUUUUCUGGUUGCUGUUCAGCAGAAGCUUAGAAGCAGUCGAUUAA